AUGCAUCCAACCGGCCUCGUACCAGGUCGCCGCGUCGUCGAGUACUACUCAGCCUCCACCAAACGAGAAGCAAAAUCCUACCUGUCGCGACUAAAGGCCACUGCUGCAACCGAAGAUGCGACCUGGAAUCACAAGGCGGCGGCGACGAUCUCCAACAAACCUGGGGAUGACACAAGCUUGGAUGCUUCAUCACCGUGCGGCGUCAAUCUGGGAUCUUUCUACCAUGCCCCCAGAGCAGUACACGACACUCCAGUCUUCCGUCAGGAGAAGAUCCCGGUGUCACGAGAGCAGAUCACGUCGGGGCAAAUAAACUUAGCCUUGAUCAAGCUGUGUACGCCACAAGAGCUCGACACUGAAACGAUUGACGGUGUAGCCAAGACCCUCUCGCAACUGGUGCGCCUUGGAAUGGCUUGCUGCGUCGUGGUGGAUCCAGGCUGGACAGGUGAAAAUAGUGCCGCGAUGAGAUCGAUGGCAAGCGAGCAAGCCACUCGGCUUGCAAAUGCAGUUGACGCACAGCCGGAUUCAAAAUCAUUCUGUCUUGAUUCCAUCCUGACCAUUUCGGGGCAAGAGCCGGGCCUCAUGACGGUCACAUCUCGACAAAGACUCUUACGGCCGCUGCGAGACGGGCAUGUGGUUGUGGUGGCACCAAUCGCCUAUAGUGACGAGAACCCCAGGGCCAUUCCAGUCUCUGCGGAUGAAGCUGUGUUGACUCUGACCAAGGAGUUUGCAGGCCUUGCUUUGGAUUCUCACCACCCAGAUGAUGACCCAGCUGCAACCGCAGAGAAGGUGCAGGCGCUGCAGCGAGAGGUCUCCGUAGACCGAGUCAUCUUGCUGCAUCCAUCCGGGGGUAUUCCGGCUUUUCGUGGCCCACAAGAAUCCCAUGUCUUCAUCAACAUGGAGCAAGAAUUUGAAGACAUUGAGAGAGAGCUGAUCGCGGCACAAGACAUGUUUGUCAAAAGCACACAAGCGUCACCGAUUCGCAAGAAUGAGUCUGCAUCUGAGAUCUCAACCUCGCCCCAUUCGCCCCAUCCUGCAAGCCACAUUCUUCAUGGCCACGUGGAGAAUCUUCGCCUAUCGCAACAAACUCUCGCACUGCUCCCAUCUGCUUCUUCUGGAAUCAUUACUUCUCCAUAUGAAGUCGCCAAAUCCGCUCGCCCACGGGAGCCAACUUCCAACCCGUCUGCAGUCGGCACGCGACGCCAGCGUAACCCUCUGAUCCACAAUCUCUUGACCGAUAAACCGCUUCUAUCUUCCUCUCUCCCCUUAGGUCGACGGAGGACACUCAGCCGUAGCGAUGCUAUCAGUGCCCCAUCUUCUCACUCGACGUUCGUCAAGCGAGGCAUGCCCUUGACAAUUCUCCCAAACCCCUACACGCAGAUGUGGACAGCUCACGGUCAACCUCGCCUCAAACUCGAUGACCCGUCCAUCGACCUACCCCGACUUGUCCACCUCAUUGAAGACUCAUUUGAUCGCAAACUGGACGUGCAGGACUAUCUUGCGCGGGUCAACAAUCGUCUCGCCGGGCUGAUCAUCGCCGGCGAGUACGAGGGUGGUGCCAUUCUCACGUGGGAAGCACCCACGGGAGUCAUUGAUGACGGCAGCGCCGCCAGUGCUGCCCGCAUGGUCCCGUAUCUGGAUAAAUUCGCCGUCCUCAAGCGCAGUCAGGGCGCAGGAGGGGUGGCUGACGUGGUCUUCAACGCCAUGGUGCGCACUUGCUUCCCCAACGGAGUCUGCUGGCGUAGUCGCAAAGACAACCCCGUGAACAAAUGGUACUUUGAGCGAUCGAUCGGGACGUGGAAACUGUCCGAUAGUAAUUGGACCAUGUUCUGGACCACGCCUGGAUUGGUGGACAAUCCUCAACGAUUCAGCGAUUAUGAGGAUGUAUGUAGGAACAUUCAACCCAGCUGGGCUGAUCAUAAGAGUGUCGUGGACUGA